CCCCCGUUGCCCUCUUCUGGGACGGAAUAAGGGGAGGAAAUGAUCGAGAUGGCGGCGGAGAAGGAGCCGUUUCUGGUGCCGGCCCCGCCGCCGCCGCUCAAAGAUGAGUCGGGCGGAGGGGGCGGCCCCACGGUGCAAUCGCACCGAGAGGCCGCCUCCGGGGAGCUCUGCGGCGGGACGCAGCGUGGGCCGGGCCCGCGCGCACACUCGGCGGGAGCCCCAGCUUCUGGGGCCGGCAAGGAGAACCCUGGGGCCACAUCCACUCGGGGAGGCCAGUCGCAGCAGCAACGAGGGGGCGGCCCCCAGGCACAGCCGCAUGGGGAGGCCCGCUUGUCGGAUCCCCACGGGCGAGCAGCUCUUCCUGACGUGGGGGAGGAGCGACGGGGAGGGGGCGGAACAGAACUGGGCCCCCCUGCCCCUCCUCGACCCCGUAAUGGCUAUCAGCCCCACCGGCCCCCUGGGGGAGGCGGGGGCAAGAGGAGAAAUAGUUGUAACGUAGGUGGGGGUGGUGGAGGCUUCAAACAUCCGGCCUUCAAGAGGCGCAGGCGGGUUAAUUCGGACUGUGAUUCUGUGUUACCCUCCAACUUUCUCCUGGGGGGCAAUAUCUUUGAUCCACUGAACCUGAAUAGUCUCCUGGAUGAGGAAGUGAGCCGCGCACUCAAUGCAGAGACCCCUAAGUCAUCUCCACUUCCGGCCAAGGGGCGAGAUCCAGUGGAAAUCCUCAUCCCCAAAGAUAUUACUGACCCGCUUAGUCUCAAUACUUGCACUGAUGAGGCCCAGGUAGUUCUUGCAUCGCCACUCAAGACUGGUCGGAAGCGGCAUAGACACCGGGGACAGCACCACCAGCAGCAGCAGGCAACUGGAGGGAAUGAUAGCCACUCUGUGCUCCCCACAGCCCCCCUCACUCCCUCACUCCAUGGGGAGGGCACCACACAGCAGCAGCGGCAUAGGGGCCAGAACCGGGAUGCCCCCCAGCCCUAUGAACUCAACACCGCCAUCAACUGCAGGGAUGAGGUUGUGUCUCCCCUUCCAUCUGCCCUACAGGGUCCCUCAGGCUCCCUUUCAGCCCCUCCAGCUGCCUCAGUUACCUCUGCACCCCCGUCUUCCUCCUCACGACAUCGCAAACGUCGCAGGACUUCCAGCAAGUCAGAGGCAGGGGCUAGGGGUGGAGGCCAGGGUCCCAAGGAAAAGGGCCGAGGGAGUGGGGGAGGCCGCCACCACCACCACCACCACCACCACCAUCAUCACCACCUCCACCCACUACCAGCAGCAGGCUUCAAAAAGCAACAGCUCAAGUUCCAGUAUGGGAAUUAUUGCAAGUACUAUGGUUACCGCAAUCCUUCCUGUGAGGACGGGCGCCUUCGAGUGUUGAAGCCUGAGUGGUUUCGGGGCCGGGACGUCCUAGAUCUGGGCUGCAAUGUGGGCCAUCUGACCCUGAGCAUUGCCUGUAAGUGGGGUCCAUCCCGCAUGGUGGGCCUGGAUAUUGAUUCCCGCCUCAUCCACUCGGCCCGCCAAAACAUCCGACACUACCUGUCUGAGGAGCUGCGUCUGCCAUCUCAGACUUCUGAGGGGGACCCCGGGGCAGAGAGUGAGGAAGGGACCGUAACCGUCCGAAAGAGAAGCUGCUUCCCAGCCUCACUGACAGCCAGCCGGGGUCCCAUUGCUGCACCCCAAGUGCCCUUGGAUGGAGCGGACACAUCAGUUUUCCCCAACAAUGUUGUCUUCGUCACGGGUAACUACGUGCUGGAUCGCGAUGAGCUGGUGGAGGCCCAAGCCCCCGAGUAUGACGUGGUGCUCUGCCUCAGCCUCACCAAAUGGGUGCAUCUGAACUGGGGAGAUGAGGGGCUGAAGCGCAUGUUCCGCCGCAUCUACCGGCAUCUACAUCCUGGGGGCAUCCUGGUCCUAGAGCCCCAACCUUGGUCAUCCUAUGGCAAGAGAAAGACGCUCACGGAAACAAUCUAUAAGAACUACUAUCGGAUCCAGCUGAGGCCGGAGCAGUUCAGUUCGUACCUGACCUCCCCAGAGGUGGGCUUCUCCAGCUAUGAGCUUGUGGCUACACCCCACAACACCUCCAGAGGCUUCCAGCGCUCUGUGUACCUGUUCCACAAGGCCCGUUCCCCCAGCCACUAAGUGGCCCCCUGAACAGAAAGUGUGAAGAAGCCUCCCACUGCUCUUAAGGACCUGGGGGAAAAGGAAAGUAUCCCAGGGUCUUUCCUUUUUGGCUCCAAAAAAAGAGUUUCCUUUCACGGAUCUGCAAAGAAAGCUUUUCCUAUGUUGCUGCCCCAGCCUCCUCCCUACACGUCUGGCCUCCUAAGCAGCAAGCCCAGCUGUGCUGGAGUCACCAACAUCUUCCUCUCUCCCCCAGCUCACUGGGCUGGAUGGCAUGGACUGUUUGCUGACCUCUGUUCUCCUAAGGGUAUGGGAGGUGGGGGGGUAUCAGGUUCUUCGGCCUCUUCCUCCUGUUCUCCAAAGGAGAUUUCCGUUUCUCCUCAGCCCUUGUCCCUAGCUGCAUUUCAGCGGACCACAGAUAGAUGGACUGAGGGUAAAGAGGGGGAUGUCUGGCAGGGAGGCAUGCAGGUACUGUGAAAAUCCUUCCCUCUGCUGACCCCCACUGGGAGGAGGGGUUGGGUUUGGAAUGUAAGAACAGCACAAUAAAUUUGAUGUUUAGGGCAGCAGCCCCCACA